AUGUCGCCGCAACGCGUGCCUUCUUUCCAGCAGCCUCAGAGUGCUGCGGGAGCGUAUCCACCUGACACGGUUGCAUUCAAUUACGGGAAAGCAACGCCCCCAGGGACUGUCCCCUCGCACGGGCCGAACAUUCUGCAUUCCGUCUCGCAUUCCUCGGCGCCAUCGCAGUCUUUUUCACACUUUCCCGGCGCUGCCUGUGCGGCCCGGCCGUCUGCUGUUCACCAAGCGAUGUACGACGGCCAGCGAGGAACUUCCCAGGGAUCUCCCCCGGACGGAACGGAAAUGCAGCGAUUCCACUCGCAAGAGUUCUCUCUUCCCGGUGCGCAGCCCCCCCAGCGUGAGCCUGGUCCUCCCUUCCCCAGUCCGAGUCCGCUGACUCCUCGACCCCACACCGUCGGAAGCAAUCACGCGUCGUUUGAUCAAGGAAGAAUCCCUCUGCAGCGUGGCACAAAAGGCACUGCUUCGCAUGCGACGCAUGCGACGCACGGCGCCCCUGCGAUGGGCCACGUGCAGUCGCACCCGCUGCUGUCGCAGCAACAGUCAACUGCUGGCGGUCCUUAUGGGAGGGAAGACCAAGACAGGAGUGCGCAGUUGCGAGACGAUGUUUCGACAAGCUCCAGAGGUCUCCUUCCAGCUGUCGCCUACCACCGUUCGGACUCGCACCCGGAAAACGGCCUUCCCGUUCCUGAGCCGGGGUCUGUCUCCCAACCGGGGACAACCCCCUUUGGCGCGGGAUCCGCGGCUGCGCCGUUGCCCGACGGUGUUCGCGGAGUCGCCUUUUCCUUCGCCAGGGCCGGCGGCCGCGUCGACGAUCUCUCGCACUCCGCAUCUUGGCCUUCCGCCUCCAGUGCCGAUCCACAACGUCACCCUGGCGUCUCUGCCUCGCGCGCGCCCGCCCCGUGCUCGACGCUCCAGAACGCAGCCCAGGGUUUUGUUGCGCAGACGGCGCUUCAGAGUUUACCCGCACGCCCGCUUCACUCUCCGCCUGCCUCGUCGCCUUCGCACCGGGAGACGGACGCUCUGCCAAACAAAGAUCCCGUCCACUCAGGCGCCGCGCACAGCGGAGCCGGCCGCGAUUCGCCUGCCGACGUGGCCCCUGCUCUCGCCCACGCCUCCAGGUCGACGGGUCCCUCCCCGCCGCGAGGGAGACCGGUGGACGACUCGCCACACGCUGGAGCGCAGAGCCGCAGCGAGGGCCGUCCUGGCGGGGCGGCUGAGGCGUCGCCGUCGCUCGCUUCCGACUCGCAGGCGUCCGCCUCAGCUCUCGGUUUCGGCGGUUCCCACUCUGCGCCCUCAUCUGGUCGGCCGGCCAUGGGUCCGCGGCCAGAGGCGCCAGUGCAAGUCGCCGGGGCGAGUGCGCAGCCUUCCCCCGCCGAAGGCAAACGGCGGAUGCUGUCAGGUCCUCCUCUGCCGGCGGAAGUCCUGUCGCGUCUGCUCAGUGCACGCCGCGCACGUCUUCGCCGAAAUCCGCUGCUCCGCUACCUCGAGGGUUCGUCCGUCCUGCGUCCUCUGUGUGGAGCAAAACGUGCGCGGACAGGAACCGGCCACGGGGAAGGAACCCGAGACGGAUCGUCUGCCGCGUCUCUGCCCUUCGACUCCGUCAUUCGCGGCUGUCGGACUCCUCUUGACAUCGACCUUUACUACGGCGGGGCAGAGAGAACCGGCCCUUACUUUGGCCUCAGUUAUCCAGGCAGCAUGCACGGGGCGGGGUCUCCGGGCGCCGCGACAGGGAGUGGAGGCGCCGGAGCCCACGGGCCAGGCAAGUCUCAAGGCCGGGGAGCGAAUCUGAAGGGAACCGGGCUGGGGUCCGGCGAGAGCGAGGCGAGCAGGGACGGAUGCGGCGGUUCCUCGGGAGCGCGCAGCGGUUCAGGAACGGGAGGCGAGGACUCCUCUUCCGGCCAGGAUCGGAGCAAAGGGUCCGCUGCCGCAACGGCGGCGUCGGCUGCGGCUGCGGCUGCGGCGGCCGCGAAAGACGACUCGCUGCAGUGGUGCCACCAGCAGAUCCAGCAAGUGCUCUUCCAGCAUCCGAAGGCCGCUGCGUCCGCUAGCAAGAGCCGCCGCUACCGACCUCUUUUCCACCAGAGUGUCCUCGCCGAGGCUGCGCUAACGGGAAGCGCAGGCGCAGGCCUCGGACCUGCGAGCCCUCCGGGUCCCGGGGCCACGCACGGCACCCCGCCGGGCGACGGAGUCGCAGGAUGGAAACGCUGGCGAGAGGUCGACGUCGUGCCGCCGCCUCAACGACUCGAGGAACUCCUCGUCGUUCUCGCUGCCGCUGUCAAAGUCCACGUUGCCGGCUGCUGA